GCGGGGGGCGGGGUCCGGUUCAGCGGCCGCGGCUGCUCCCGCGCUCCCGGCAACGGCGGCGGCCCCGGAGCGGGUCCGGGCCCGGGGCUACGGUGCCCCUCAAGCACUGAAAGGCCACGGUAAGUUCUCCCCGGGUGCGCCGAGGCAGCGUCUCCAAGAGAAGAGUGAGCCAUCCAGCGCUAACUCCGGGGAUGGAAAAUGGGGCUGAGUUAGAGCUGGGACAGGAAAACGCGAACAGAAGGCCCUGAGUGUGGGAGCCAUGGAGAGGGGACUCGUGGCAGGGGCCCUGCGCAUCGGGAACCAGCUCAUUCUGGAAGAAGACUACAACGAUUCCUACGUUCCUGAUGAGCAAGAAAUCCGGAACUUUGCACCGAUAAUCGGGAUUGACCCCGAGAAGGAGUCAGAGCUGCUGUGGCUGGCCAGGGAGUGCCUGGUGGCCCCGUUACCCCCUGACUGGAAGCCCUGCCAAGACACCACUGGUGAUGUGUAUUACUUCAACUUUGCAACGGGCCAGUCCAUGUGGGAGCACCCCUGUGAUGAGCAGUACAGGGAGCUGGUGAUCCGGGAGAGGGAGAAGCUGCUGGCACAGGGCAGCCUGAGGAAGGAGAAGAAAGAGAAGAAGCAGAAGAAAGAAAAGAAAGAGAAGAAGGAGAAGAAGGACAAGAAGGAGAAGCAGUCGCUGAAGCAAACCCCUCCCCUGGGCCCCCACCUGGCCCCCAUCCAGCUGCCCCUGGGGCCCCUCUCUCCUCUCCGUGGCCUCGCUCCGGCUCAGCCCGUCGUCCUCCGUGGCUCCGUGGGCAGCGUGGUGGACUCCGACCUGAUGGCCAGGGAAGGAACUCAGCUUGCAGACAUCUGUAAGCCCACUGGGCACACCAGGAACCUGCUGGGCUUGCUCUGUGACGACGAGAAGAUUUCCUUGGACACGGCGGCUCUGGAUAAAUGGAGGAACGAGGAGGACGACAGUGAAAAUGAGAGUUUCCGUGGGACAUCAGGACUGUUAAAAAACCUGUACUUGGAUGUGGACGCCCUGGGAGGCAGCUUUGACUUCGAGCUUUCAAAGGCGUCGGAGAUCAGUGGGGAGGACCUGCAUGUCUCCAAUGGCUCCAACAGGGAGCUGGCUCAGCCUCUGGUGUUGGGCUUCCAGAACCAGCUUCCUGAGGAAGUACUGGAAGCUCCUGUCUUAGGCAGCCCUGUGUGCAAGGCCCAGGAGCUGGGAGAAGAGGAAAAAGACCAAAGCAAAGCCAGUACAGAGGAAGAGCAAAGCAAAAGAACAAAAGCUCCUGAGAGGCAACCUGAGGAGGAAAUCAAGCACCAGCAGUCCUUGAACCAGCCUAGAGAAGAAUCCCUGGAGGAAAUAGCCAAGAAUGUGGAGACAGAGCUUGAGCAAGAGGAAAUUCAUUUAUUUCAAGCAAAGGAGGAGAAAAUUCAGCAAUUCCAGGAGGAGACAAGGCAGGAGGAGGAAGCAGAGAAGCUUGAUCAGCAAAAAGAAAAAUCCCUCAGGACUCCAGAGGAAGACUUGGCAAAGGUUUCUGAGGAGGAAGAGCUGCGUGUCAGAGAGGAAGAAGCUGAGAGACUGGCGAAGCUGAGAGCCAAGAUCGCCUCAGAGACCGAGGCAGAGGAGGAGAGGAUGAGGGCAGAGCAGGAGGCCACGCUGCAGAAACUAAGGGAAGAGUGGGAAUCCCAGCAGCUGAAGGAGAAGGAGAGCCUGGAGAGGAAGCAGCAGCUUGCCUUGGAGGAAAUGAAGCUGGAAAUGGAGGAAGCCCAGCAGAAGGAGAUCAGGGAGCUGGAACGAGAGAAGGAACAGUUCCUGAGCGAGGUCAGGGAGAGGUUAGACAGGGAGAAGAAGAAGGCAGUAGAGGAGCUGGAGAAACAGUUUGCAGGUGAACUCCAGCAACUGAAGUCUGCAGCAGAAGAGAAGCAUCGUGAGGUCAUUUCCAGCCUGCAAACCCAGCUAGCAGAGGCACAGAGCAGCCAGGAGGCUCAGCUGCGUGAAGACUUGCAGAGAGCGGGUCAGAAAGUGCAGCAAAAAGCCUUCCAAGUGAAGGAAUACGAGCGGGAGCUCAGCGAGCUCAUGAGUGAGAAACGGCACGAGGUGGAGAGAGACCACGAGAGGAGGAUGGAGAGGAUGAGACAGGAGCACCGGGAGGCCUUAGCCCGGAUUAAGGAGCAGUUUGAGGAGGAGGAGCGGAGGCGGAGGUCGGAGCUGCUGCAGAGGGUGCAGAGCGAGACCCUGCAGCUCUGGCAGUCCCACAACGCCGAGGUGAAGGCUCUGCAGGAGGAGCUGGAGGGGAGGCUCACUGACCUGAAGCACAGGCACAGGGAGAAGGAAAGAAAAAUCCAGGAUGCGGAGAAUGAGCUUGAAAUACGUGCAAAGAGCCUCCAAGCCAGAUCAGAGCAGCUCCUCAGCCAGGAGGAGGACCUGCGAAGGAAAAGGCAGCAGCUGCUGGAUGAGGACAGGAGGACGCAGCUGGAAAGGGAUGAAGCUGCUUUGGCCUCUCAGCUGCGCCUGGAGGAGAGCAGGAAGGAGCAUGGCAGCCUCCUCGAGUCCGUCCGGCAGCUGAGGAAGUCUCUGGAAGAGCUGCAGGACCAGAAGGCUGAGCUGGAGGCCCAGGUGGACCUGCUGCAGACCCGGAGCCAGAGGCUGCAGAAGCGCAUCGGUGAGCUGGAGGAAGCAGUCAGGAGCAGGCAGGAGACUCUGAAAGAACUGGAGGCAGAAGAGAGUGUGGAGUCUCCAAGAAAGCAAGCUGAGCUCCGUAUUGAAGACCUGAGAGAAAGUACUCAAGCUCCCUCAUCCAGAGAACUUGCUUCUUCAGCCUCUCAGAGCCACGAGGAAAGCGACUUCCAGUGUGACCCUGUCCGGAGCUACAUCUCUGCAGAAGGGGCCUCCCUCCGGAGUGCCAAGGAGUUCCUGCGGCACCAGACCCGCUCCAUGAGGAGGAGGCACUCGGCGCUGAAGGCUGCGAGGGUGCAGUGGCGCCAGGACCUGCAGAGGGCACAGGAGGCACUGCAGGAUCCCCACAGCUCCCAGCUCCUGGAGGGCAUGCGCCAGAACCUGGAGGAGGAGGCAAAGCACUUGGACAAGAUGAAGUCGGCCAUGCAGAAAGGGCAGGUGCUGCUGCAGAAGAAGGAGGAGAAGCUCAGCCAGCUGGAGUCUUCACUGCUGGAGGAGCUCUCAGAUGAGGAUACACUGAAGAGUGCUGCCUGCAAGAAGGUGGUGACUUUUGAUCUGAGUGACUCUGAGGACACAGAGAGUGCAUCCAUUGGAGAACUGUGUCAGCCUAAAUUUGAUUUGAGGACGAAUUUGUGGCCUGUCCCCCAGCUGGACAAGAUCCAGCACUUGAGGGACUCUCUGCAGUGUAUCACCAGUGAGCUGAACGGGGUCCUGGGUGUCCUGGACUCCCUGAGCCAUCACCACACUCCUCUCUUCGCCUCGACAGCCCGUGAUGGCAUCCCUCUGUCCACAUAUUCCUCCUUGGCAGGCCUGCAGGCAGGCAGCUCCCUGGGGGAUAUUUCCAGGGUGCCUUCCACUGACAGGUGGGCCUGGAACAGUGGGCUGAGCGCUGGUGUCUCCAUCUCAGGGCGGUCAGUGGACAACAUCCUGGCAGAGAAAUGGCACAGGUAUUUCCCAGAUGGGAUCUCAUCACUCAGUGGGAAUCCCAAGCCUCUGGACAACAAGCUGGGAUACAUACCUGCAGAUGAACAAAUCCGGCAGCUGCAGCAUUCCAGGUUCCGUGAGCCGGGGAAGAUGAGCGUCGAAGGGAUGAUCGAGAGCAACAAGAAAUGGCUGAAAAGCUUCAGGAAGGACUCAAAAGCACCUCUCUCCCCACGUGCACAGAUGCCCCCGGCCAGCAGCACCAGCCCCAGCCUCCUCCAGCUGGGAAUGGAUGAAAACAGGCAAAUUAAGGUGUACCACUACUAAGAGGUGGGGGUUUUCUCUGGAGAGGUGGUGGGGGUCUCCCUGUGGUGUGCUGGGUCUCAGUGAUGCCCACUCAGCCACCACUGCUGAGUCUGUGUGUCCUUGAAAACAAGUCUCUUUGCCAGAGAGUGGAGGAAGGAGGAAGCAAACUUCCCAGGUGGAUUCUUCUAAUCCUGUAAUGUGUCCAAAUAUACUUUAUAGACUGUUUAAUCCAGCGGUGACAUAUCAGGGCUUCGAUAAAUCAACAUUUCCCUCAUUAGUAUUCUAGCAGUGGUGAGGCAGAGCUGUGAAUCAUGGAGGACUUUGAGUAACUGGUCAAGGGGGAGGAUUUGAAUCCAGCUGAGACUGUGCUGGAGGAAACGUGUCAGGAAAUGAGCCCAGCAAAUGCUCCAUGGCAGGUGGGCCGUGUCAGCUGGCCUGUGGCACGGGUGAGCAGGGAGAAGGAGCAGUGGAAUGGUGCAGAGUCUGGGGACAAAGUCAGGGAAUGACAGAUUCUGGCUCUUGGGGAAUGUUCUGCUUGUUUGGGGUGGAAGCAACAGGAACUGAGCCAGGAGUGGCUCUCCAUGGCAGCGUUGGACAAGCAGUCCCUGCUCCUCUCUGUGCCAGACUGGCCAGAGCUGCUCAGCCAAGCAGCUGUGGGAGCUCUGUUCCCGUGCCAUGGAUGUGCCAACGGCAACGGGAGCAGGGAUGGCAGGGGAGUGUGAGGAGUGUCUGCUGGUGCAGGCACUGCUGAGGAGCUCAGUCUGCUGUGAAUGUCGAGACAGAGCCCCACCUGCGUCCUUCCAUGCCCUGGGAGAGGGAUCCAGGGCUCAGCUCAGCAGCUGGGCUCUGUCUGUAUAUACAGCCCUGUCUGUAUAUUCCCUGGGCAGGGCUGGGGAGCCCUGGGCAUCCAGCCUGAGCCUGGCCUGGCUGCUCCUGCAGCAGCUCCACAGGGAUCCUGGGAGAGGAGAGUUGUGGGACGGGCUCUGGAGACUGGAAAGCUGGCUGAGGGGUUGGGCUGAGCAGCUCCUGGACCUCAGCUGCGAGAUGGUGGCUCGUGGCUUUGCUCCCUGGGUGGCUGCAGUCGUGUUCCUUGGGAAAGGCCGUGUCCAGAGUGUAUCCCAGCCCCCUGGGAUGCACGAGCUGGGAGGGGGCAGAUGGUGCUGCUCUACCCGGCGGGGAGGGGUCAGGAUUUCGUGCUGCUGAGCAGGAAUGUGGUGUUUGGUUGUCUGUUGUCAGUGUUUUCUCCAAGCUGACUCUAAAUAUUUUAUGCCCUAAAAAGAUGCCGAGCCACUUGCCAUUUUGCCUGAUGAGGACGCCUGCACUUCAAGGGAUCCCAUCUGUGAAAAAUGAUCUUCAAAGCCAUU